UUUUUUUUUUUUUGCAGCCAACGCCAGCUGGAAGUUACGUCUCCAUGCAGCCUGCAUGCAACGCUAUGGAAGAAAAUGGGACGCCGCCGUACUGAUGUGUCCCGGUGAACCGACCCGCACGGCUCCUCCAGUAGUCGGUGGUACCUGCGCCCUGCAACGGUCACGCCUUAUGGAAUAUUCACCCGCCGUCAAUGACACUCCAGCGGUCAUAAUUGCACUGGGAAAAACCCCCUGUGCUUUAUUUUGUUUUUUUCCACCACGAUUGUCUUCUCUCCCUUCGCAAAAAGAGGCUGACCCCCCUAUCAUGAGAUUCCGGAUCUACAAGAGGAAGGUGGUGAUUCUGACCGUGGUGGUUGUCGUCUGCGGCCUGGCGUUCUGGAGCGGCGGCAGGCAGAAGAAGAGCGACGGCGGCCCGAUCCCCAAGGAGGCCGAGGCGGCGAAGCGAAGCGGCGGCGGCAGCGUGAGCAGCAGCGGCGUCGUCAAUCACAUCCAGGCGCCGCUCACGCCCGCUGCCAGCCCGCCGCCGCCGCUCCCCGCCAAUGACACGCACAUGGAAAAGGCAAAGGACAAGGAGAAGAUGCCCCACCCGGAGGUGGACAACGCCACGCUGGCCUUCCGCGGCAUCGCCUUCCAGCUCAACUUCGACCAGACGAUAAGAAACGAGGAGAAGUUCAAGGCGGCGCGGCGGAAGGACGACCUGGUCGUGGUGGUCCAGGUGCACGACCGGCCCGACUACCUGCAGCUGCUGGUGGACAGCUUGCGGAAGGCCCGCGGCGUGGAGAGCGUCCUGCUGAUCUUCAGCCACGACCUCUGGUCCCCGGAGGUGAACCGAGUGGUGGCCGGCGUCGACUUCUGCCAGGUGCUCCAGAUCUUCUUCCCCUUCAGCGUGCAGCUGUACCCCCACGAGUUCCCGGGCCGCGACCCCAACGACUGCCCCCGGGACAUCCCCAAGGACGACGCCCUGAAGCUGGGCUGCAUCAACGCCGAGUACCCCGACUCGUUCGGCCACUACCGCGAGGCCGAGUUCUCGCAGGCCAAGCACCACUGGUGGUGGAAGCUGCACUUUGCGUGGGACCGCGUGCGCGUCCUGAAGGAGCACGCGGGCGCCAUGCUGCUGAUCGAGGAGGACCACUACGUGGCGCCGGACUUCAUCCACCUGCUGAGGCUGAUGGCGGCGCUCCGGCGGGCGCACUGCGCCGACUGCGACGUCCUCUCGCUGGGGAGCUACGGCCACGUCGGCUACUCGGCCAAAGCCAACAAGGUGGAGGUGAAGGCGUGGAAGUCCACGGAGCACAACAUGGGGAUGGCGCUGAGCAGGGAGACGUACCGGAAGCUGCUCCGGUGCGCCGACGCGUUCUGCACCUACGACGACUACAACUGGGACUGGUCCCUGCAGCACCUGACGGUGUCCUGCCUGCCCGCCUACUGGAAGGUGAUGGUGAGCGAGGCGCCGCGGGUGUUCCACGCCGGGGACUGCGGCAUGCACCACAAGAAGGCCGCCUGCAUGCCCGUCGGCCAGAAGACCAAGAUCGAGAACAUCCUGCAGGCGAGCGGCAACCAGCUGUUCCCAAAGAGCCUCCUGAUCACAAAGAGACUGCCGGCCAACGGGGCCGGAGGCGUGGCCCCGCACGUGAAGAACGGGGGCUGGGGCGACAUCAGGGACCACGAACUCUGCAAGAGUUACGUCCGAUUACAGUGACCUCACACGCUACUGUUAUAUGUUAUUGUCUCUUUUGCAUCCUCCCUAUAAAGAAAACAAAGAAAGCCUUUUAAAAGUCAAUCUUUAUGGACUAUUCUUCCUAUUGCCUGUUUCACCGGACUGUUAAAAAAAUACAAUAAAGACGAAUGUUGGA